UCUUUACAAUUCAUAGCUGCAAACAAAACCAAAGAGCAAGGAGUGCCAAAACCUUCACAAACCAAAAGCAAAACACAGGCAUAAUCCACAACAAUUUUAUCAUGUCUCUAACCAGACUUCGUCACUGUUUCAUUGGUCCCUGUAUUGUUCUCUUCAUUUCCUCUCCCUUCCUACAUUCCUUUGCCAAUCCACUUUCCUUCAACAUAACUGAUUUUAGUCAUAACGAUGCUUCAAAAAUCGCCUAUAAAGGUGAUGCUGCUGCUUCCGGUGGAGCAAUUAAAUUCAACUCAGAUGAUUCUGAUUCAUCAAACGGAAUCAUUUUCUAUUCAGAGAGCAUGCACCUUUGGGACUGCUCAACAAGGUCUCAGGCAAACUUCAGAACUAAUUUCUCUUUCACCAUUGACAGUGUUGAAGCCAGUGCCAGCCUUUCCUUUUUCCUGGCUCCUGUUCCCCCGGCAUAUCCACUCAACUUGACUGCACGUGGAGAUAUCGUGGUGGUUGAGUUCGAAAUUAAUCCAAAUUCAAACGUUGGAAUUAAUAUCAAUGGAAAGACAAACUGUUCAGAAAGCUAUGCACGUAGGGAUGCUAACUUGACUGGGAAUGUUUUGAUUACUUACAAUGCUAAAACCAAGACCCUUAAUGCGUUCUGGAAUGACGAGAAAAACUCCUAUAUUAAAGGGAGGUCUAAUCUUUCUUGCAGCAAUAUUAUUGAUCUAGAAGAAGCUCUUCCCAAUUUGGUUACAAUUGGUUUCUUUGCUGCCAGCAGCUCAAAGCAUAACUGGCAUAUUCAUUCAUGGGAAUUUCACUCAAAUCUUGAGUCCACGGCGCUAUGCUGCAAUAAAAAGAGGACAAUUGUGGAGGUGUCUGUUGCAGUGUGUGUCUUGAUUUUGAUGCUUGUAGUGGGCGUCAUCAGUUGGUUAUUAGCAGGUGCGAAGAGGAAGAGAUACAAGAAUGAUAGCCAUGGAGGUGACACAGAUUCAGUCUCCUCCAUAAGUACAGAUCUUGAGAGAGGAGCGUUGCCUAAAAAAUUUUCUUACUUGGACUUAGUUGCAGCCACACAGGGUUUUGCAGAUGAUAGAAGGCUAGGUCAAGGAGGUUCUGGCCAAGUUUACAGCGGAACCUUGGGUGACUUAGACCGCCCUGUUGCUGUCAAGAGAAUCUUCACGGAAUCACAACACUCUCAGUGUCUAUUUAUCAACGAAGUAAAGAUAAUAAGCCGUUUAAUACAUCGAAACCUGGUACAGUUCAUUGGGUGGUGUCAUGAGCGAGGCGAAUUCUUACUUGUUUAUGAGCACAUGUCAAAUGGUAGCCUUGACAAUCAUCUCUUUGGCGAUGGAGAAAUCUUGCCAUGGACUUCGAGAUACAAGAUUGCUUUAGGCUUGGCCUCGGCCCUUCAUUAUCUCCAUGAAGAAGCAGAGAACUGUGUACUUCAUAGAGACAUCAAGUCAGCUAAUGUAUUACUAGACGCAGAUUUCAGUACUAAACUUGGUGAUUUUGGGGUUGCUAAGUUGGUAGAUCCUCGGUUGAGGACUCAAAGUACUGGUGUUGUAGGGACUUAUGGCUACUUGGCCCCAGAAUAUGCUAAUGAAGGGAAGGCGAGUAAAGCUUCAGACGUAUUUAGUUUUGGUGUAGUGGCUCUGGAAAUCGCAUGCGGGAGGAGGACUUACCAAGAUGGGGAAUUUCAUGUGUCACUGGUGAGGUGGAUUUGGCAACUCUAUCUUGCAGGAGAUAUUCUAAAUGCAGCUGAUGAGAGAUUGCGCAUGAGUUUUAACAGGGAUGAAAUGAAACGCUUGUUAAUUGUGGGAUUGUGGUGUACUAAUCCAAACUACAAGGAAAGGCCAAAGACAGGACAAGUAAUUAAGGUUCUUCUGCUUGAAUCACCACUGCCAGAGCUUUCACAUGACAUGCAUGAUCCCCUGCUGCAGCCAAUCCCUCCACCCCAAGAAGGUCAUUCCUUUCAACCAUCAAUGACCUCAAGCCUCAACUAUGGGGGUCGAUAAACAGGUGUUGUUACAACAGUUUUUCUAGGAUCACACUACGUGUCACAACUUGUUGAAAUGGUUAUUUGUGAGUAGUGGACAAUUACCUUCACAUAAAUCCGUCAUUUUUUCUCUACCACAUCAAAGUUGUGACACAAAAGUUUUGUCCAUAAACUCUCUUAUUACAAACAUCAUGA